AUGUCUGCUUCAGAGCCUGUUACGAGGCUACGCCCGGCCAGCAAGAUUGAAAAGCGUUUCACUGUGCGUCAUGCACUUGGCUGGUAUCGAGCCCUGAUCAUAGCAGGCCUGUAUACCGUGGACAAAGCCUCUGCUUUCGACACUCACAGCAUUGCCUCCUACAUCCCUGCCAUGAAACGGUGUAUCAAGAACCACCCAUUUCUUAGCGCGACUAUAGAUGGAUUAUACGGGGAGUUUCCCGUAUUCACUCGACUAGCCAAACUUGAUCUUGGAAAUCAUAUUCAAAUCAUCGAUACGGAAUCGGAUCUUUACAAAUCCGAGGAAGACGAACUUGAGUUAUUCAAAAAGGUUAUUCUCGAGACUCAUGAUCAGCUAUGGCCAGACGCUGAGCGCAUUCCGCCAUGGAAAAUCGUGGUGCUGCCAUUCCCAGAUCAAGCGGACAGCACACAGAAACGAGUAUACAUUAUCUACGCCUUCUCACAUACUCAUGGUGAUGCAAAAUCUGCACUAGCUUUUCACAGGUCAUUCCUGCAGGGGCUUCAGACUCAGGCUGCAGAUAACAACGAAGAUCAAAGUCUAAUCUAUAAACCUCCGUCGUCGCCACUCCCGUUACCGCUGGAAGAGGCAUGCAAUCUAAAAAUAUCCUGGUCAUUCCUGCUCGCUCCUGUUCUUGCACAGUAUAUGCCAAAUAUCGUAUGUCGUCUGUUGGGAAUACAGGCUGGUGGAAGUCAAUUAUCGGUUGAUCGAGGAUAUACCGGCGAAAUCACAAGCUACGACAAGGACAAUUUUCGUACUGCCUCUCAGAUCCUGGUUGUGAAACAGGACAUGCUCGCAAAGGUGUUGACAGUCUGCAGAUCGCAAUGCUCAAAACUAACCGGGCUGCUAAAUCGAUUGAUCGUCUAUGCUUUGAGCGAACUUUUACCCCCCGAAACUGCAAACGGCUUCAUCGGCCAAAUCGUCGUCGAUCUUCGAUCGCAGAUCCCAGCAUACGCCGAUGGUAUGACGAUGGGAAACUUCGUAUCUGCAGCAUACGAUACAUCUUCCAGGACUACACCCAACCCCAACUCAAAAUACGACGAGACCUUCUGGGACGCUGUCCGCGGAACAACGACUCGACUAGCUGCUACAGCGAAUACACUCGACGACCAACCCAUAGGACUAUUAAAGUAUCUCAGCAAUUUCCGGGCAUGGUUCCUCAGUCACCUAGGCAAGAAGCGUGACUCGUCCUACGAGAUCAGUAACAUUGGCGUUUUUGAUCCGACGCUAUCUAACAUAAACGAUAUGGCAACUACGACAUCUCAACCUUGGACCAUUGAGAGGACGGUUUUCUCUCAACCUGCUAAUGUCCUUGCCUCACCGUUGAACUUUCAAGUUGUCUCUAUGAAGGGCGGGGAUAUGGUUAUUACGUUGAAUUGGCAGGUUGGCGUUACGGGCGUCUCGGAUGAGGAUGCUUUUGCGAAGGCGGUUUUGGGGCAUAUUAAUAAUGGAUUGGAGGAGAUUGCCUUGGAGGCUCAGUGA